CUCAGCCGAGCAGAACUCAUGAUGAUGACUAUAGCUGAUGUCAUCAAACAACUCAUUGAUGCCCACGAUGAGGGCAAAGAUGUGAACUUAAACAAGAUUAAAACAAGGACGGCUGCCAAGUAUGGCCUUUCAGCACAGCCACGCCUGGUUGACAUCAUUGCUGCUGUCCCCCCUCAGUACCGCAAAGUGCUGGUUCCUAAGUUGAAAGCAAAACCCAUCCGAACUGCUAGUGGGAUUGCUGUUGUGGCAGUAAUGUGCAAACCACAUAGAUGUCCACAUAUUAAUUUCACAGGAAACAUAUGCAUAUACUGUCCUGGAGGGCCUGAUUCUGACUUUGAAUAUUCAACACAAUCUUACACUGGAUAUGAGCCAACAUCUAUGAGAGCCAUACGUGCCAGAUAUGAUCCUUAUCUCCAGACCAGACACAGAGUUGAACAACUGAAGCAGCUGGGCCACAGCAUCGACAAAGUGGAAUUCAUUGUGAUGGGUGGAACAUUCAUGGCUCUUCCAGAAGAAUACAGAGAUUACUUUAUCCGUAAUUUGCAUGAUGCUUUAUCAGGUCAUACUUCUAACAGUGUAGCAGAAGCAGUCAAGUAUUCUGAGCGAAGCCUUACAAAGUGCAUUGGGAUUACUAUAGAGACCAGGCCAGAUUAUUGCCUAAAACGGCAUUUGAGUGACAUGUUGUCUUAUGGAUGCACAAGGCUGGAAAUUGGAGUACAAAGCAUUUAUGAAGAUGUGGCCAGAGAUACUAACAGGGGCCAUACAGUAAAGGCUGUGUGUGAAUCGUUCCACUUAGCCAAAGAUGCUGGGUUCAAGGUGGUAGCACAUAUGAUGCCAGAUCUCCCCAACAUGGGACUUGAGAGAGACAUCAACCAGUUUGUGGAGUUUUUUGAGAAUCCUGCCUUUCGCCCAGAUGGCAUGAAGCUAUACCCAACACUUGUGAUCCGUGGCACUGGCCUCUAUGAACUCUGGAAAACUGGGAGGUACAAAAGCUAUCCUCCAAGCACCCUUGUGGAUUUGGUGGCAAGAAUUCUUGCCCUCGUGCCUCCCUGGACUCGAGUGUACAGAGUACAAAGGGAUAUCCCAAUGCCUUUAGUCACUUCUGGAGUGGAACAUGGUAACUUGAGAGAAUUGGCUUUGGCUAGGAUGAAGGACUUAGGAACAGAGUGCCGUGAUGUGAGAACAAGAGAAGUUGGAAUACAAGAAAUACAUCACAAAGUCAGACCCUACCAGGUUGAGCUGGUCCGGAGAGACUAUGUGGCCAAUGGUAGUUGGGAGACUUUUCUUGCUUAUGAAGAUCCUCAACAGGACAUUCUGAUUGGACUUUUACGUUUGCGGAAGUGUUCGGAGGACACAUUCAGACCUGAGCUGAAGGGUGGUGUUUCCAUUGUCCGGGAACUCCAUGUCUAUGGGAGUGUGGUUCCUGUCAGCAGCCGAGAUCCCUCUAAAUUCCAGCAUCAGGGAUUUGGGAUGCUGCUUAUGGAGGAGGCAGAGAGAAUUGCCAAGGAAGAGCAUGGCUCAUGGAAGAUAGCUGUCAUUUCAGGUGUGGGUACCAGAGAUUACUACAGGAAGAUUGGCUAUGGACUAGAAGGGCCCUAUAUGAUGAAAAGACUGGACUGACAUAUAGUGAAGAAGAGCUGAGGCUUUGCAUUUGCCCGUUAAGGCCAGAGCAGAAUGGAGAUGCCAUGGCCCUACUUCAAACAUUGUCUGAGCUAGCAAAACAAGGUCCAUUUAGAUCACUUGAUAUGAAAGAGAGAUUUCUCUUGAGUAUCGCAUUCAAAUCCAUCUAAUGAAUUUUAUUGGCCUUCCCAUAACAGGC